GCUUCAAUGUUAAAUCCUAUACAACAUUAGGGUCUAAAGAACUGUCAUAAAUUUCUCUAUACUCCUAUUUAGGUCUCAAUAAAAAAACUCACCAAGAUUCAAUUUUUUCAUCACAAAACAAGAAAAUCAUCAAACCCCAGAAGAUGAAAUUCCAAUUAGAAGAUGUAACAAUAUAUUUCCCAUAUGAUAACAUAUAUCCAGAACAAUAUCAGUACAUGUUAGAACUCAAAAGAGCCUUAGAUGCAAAAGGGCAUUGUCUUCUUGAAAUGCCUACAGGCACUGGUAAAACAAUUGCCUUACUUUCUUUAAUUACAAGUUACAGACUUUCAAAACCAUCAAAUCCAAUUAAGCUUAUUUAUUGUACAAGAACUGUACAUGAAAUGGAGAAAACAUUAGCUGAGCUUAAAUUGUUGUAUAAUUAUCAGUUAAAGCAUUUCGGGCCGGGUGCCCGAAUGCUGGCAAUUGGGUUGUCAUCAAGAAAGAAUUUGUGUGUAAACCCAACUGUGGUUUCUGCUGAGAAUAGGGAUUCUGUUGAUGCUGGAUGUAGGAAACUUACCGCUAGUUGGGUUAGAGCAAUUGCUGCUGAAAAUCCAAAUAUUCCUACUUGUUCCUUUUAUGAGAAUUAUGAUGCUGCUGAUAAGGCUGGUACUUCAACUUUGCCUGCUGGUGUUUAUACUUUGCAGGAGCUAAGAUUGUAUGGUAAGGAUAAGGGUUGGUGCCCAUACUUUCUGGCGCGGCAUAUGGUGCAACAGGCAAAUGUUGUGGUUUACAGCUACCAAUACCUGCUUGAUCCCAAGGUUGCUGGUAUCAUAUCAAAGGAGAUGGAGAGAGAGUGUGUUGUAGUGUUUGAUGAGGCCCAUAAUAUAGACAAUGUAUGCAUUGAAGCACUUAGUGUUAGUGUGAGGAAGCAAACACUUGAAGGGGCAACAAGGAAUCUCAGUAGGAUGUCUCAGGAAAUUGAAAGGCUGAAGGCUACUGAUGCUGGUCGACUGCGUGUUGAGUAUAAUCGUCUAGUUGAGGGUCUAGCUCAAAGACUGCCUGCUCAGGAUGUAUGGCUUGCUAAUCCUGCCUUGCCUGAUGACAUCAUGAAGGAAGCAGUGCCAGGAAACAUAAGGAAAGCAGAGCACUUCUUGUCUGUUUUGCGAAGAUUUGUCCAGUAUCUUAAUGGGCGUCUGGAGACUGAUAAUGUGGAAAAGGAGGGUCCUGUUGCUUUUGUUGCUUCUAUUAAUACACAAGUUGGAAUUGACCAAAAGAUGUUAAAAUUUUGUUAUGAUAGGCUUCACUCCCUUAUGUUAACCCUGGAGAUAACUGAUACAGAUGAGUUUCUGCAUAUUCAAACUGUUUGUGACCUUGCCACGUUGGUUGGGACGUACUCUCGGGGAUUUUCCAUUAUAAUUGAACCAUAUGACGAGAGGAUGCCACAUAUUCCUGAUCCUGUCCUGCAGCUUACCUGUCACGAUGCCUCUCUUGCCAUAAAGCCCGUUUUUGAACGAUUCCAGUCUGUUGUGAUUACCUCUGGGACCCUCAGUCCAAUUGAUCUCUAUCCUCGUCUUCUCAAUUUUAAUCCGGUAGUUAGUCGAAGCUUCAAGAUGUCAUUGACAAGGGAUUGCAUAUGUCCAAUGGUCCUUACGCGGGGAAGCGAUCAGCUUCCUGUAAGCACUAAGUAUGACCUGAGAAGCGAUCCGGGCGUUGAGAAAAAUUAUGGGAAGCUUUUGCUAGAAAUGGUUUCUGUUGUUCCAGAUGGAGUUGUCUGUUUUUUUGUCAGUUACUCUUAUAUGGACGGAAUCGUCAAUAGUUGGCAUGAAUCAGGAAUAUUAAAGGAUAUAAUGCAGCAUAAACUCGUAUUUAUCGAGACCCAGGAUGUUGUAGAGACUACAUUGGCUUUGGAUAAUUAUCGCAGGGCUUGUGAUAGUGGGAGGGGUGCAGUUUUCUUCUCAGUUGCUAGGGGAAAAGUGGCUGAAGGUAUUGACUUUGAUAGACACUAUGGCAGGCUUGUUAUCAUGUUUGGCGUUCCAUUCCAAUACACGCUAAGCAGAAUAUUGCUUGCGCGAUUGGAAUAUCUGAGGGAGACUUUCCAGAUAAAAGAGGGCGAUUUUUUGACUUUUGAUGCUUUGAGGCAAGCUGCUCAAUGUGUGGGUCGAGUUAUUCGUUCAAAGGCAGAUUAUGGCAUGAUGAUUUUUGCUGACAAAAGAUAUAGCCGUCAUGAUAAGCGUUCCAAGUUGCCUGGAUGGAUACUUUCACAUUUACGGGAUGCUCAUUUGAACUUAAGUACAGACAUGGCCGUGUAUAUAGCAAAAGAGUUUUUGAGAAAAAUGGCUCAACCAUAUGAUAAGAACGGUGCGCUGGGCAAGAAAACUCUACUGUCACAAGAAGACUUGGAAAAUAUGAUCACUGGCCCUGACGGGGAGAUGUUGCUUUAAGUGCUCGUACUAAGUGAGAAAUCAUUUUUGCCAAUCUGUUCCCGGGAAAUUUCAGUGUCUAUAUGUUGAACAGCACGAUUACUACAUCCAUUAAAAUUUGAAGUGAACUGAUUCCUGUUAAAGAUUUGCAGCAACCUUCAGUUUUGGGCUACUUCUAUACGUGUAGAGCAGACUUAAUUGAAAAAUGAUGCAAACUUGUACAUUUCCGGCUCAUAGAAACUUUCUUGGUUUUUUGAAAGUCAGAAUAGGUUUUUAAGUUAAACACAACAUGGAUGUCUCUUGUCUAUUGGCAUAGAAUGAAGUAUUUAUUCUCUACCUAAGCUGAUUGUCGUGAAGUUUGUCGUGCAAAAAUAUAACAGUGUAGCUUAAGGUUUGAUUCUCAGUUGUAGGCAAAUGAAAAUUUUGUUUAUCAAUUAUGAAUUGCAAUGCAUCUCAAGUGAUCAACUUGAUGAAUCCAGUUUGAAAAUGUGUUAUGCAUAUGUUUCAAAUGUAUGGACAAUAGAC